AUGUUCAAGGAUGGCAAGGAUCCUAGCCUCAGCGACCUGCUCAUUGCUCUUGAGGCUGUCUUACGCUACUUCAGCAGUGUUCACAUCACGAUUGACGCUGUUGACGAAAGCAGUCCCCGAGAAGAGCUUCUCAAGGUCUUGCGAGAUCUCGCCACCGACUUGAGAUUCUCAAACAUCCGGCUCUUAGUGACAAGUCGCGAAUACCUAGACAUCGAAAAAGUCAUGGAAGAGGUUUCGACGGAAAUUUCUAUGAGAAACGAGUACCUCGAUGCUGAUAUUCGUCUGUAUACUGAAUCUCGACUCGCUACCAACGACAAGUUGAAGGACUGGACAGAAGAUGUACGCCAAGAGGCUCUAGAGGCCUUGUGUAUUGGCGCAAAAGGAAUGUUUCGUUGGAUCGUGUGCCAGCUCGAUUCUUUGCGACGAAUCAAAGGGAGCAAGGCAGCUAUCAUGAACGAACUGAGAAAUCUUCCAAAAACCCUCGAUGAAGCAUACGACAAAAUUCUCGAGGCCAUACCCGAAGAAGAUCUUCAAAUUGUGGUUUCGGCCCUUGAUUGGAUCUGCUUCAACAACAAAGUUUUUGGGCGUAAAUGGAUCGACUCCAACGUAUUGAUAGAGGCAAUCCAAAAAGACUUGUCACGGCAAAGCCGGUGUGCAAAAGACUACCGCUACGAUGUCGACUUUCUUCGCGAAUUAUGCGGCUGUCUCAUAACUGUCACGGCAGAUGUCGAAUUUGACUUUUGUGGCGGAUUAGAAAUCUCAUUCUCGCAUUACACUGUCAUGGAAUAUUUGGCCACGUCGAUCCGUUUUAGUCCUGAAUGCUGUUUUCGCCUUGACAAGUCCACAGCCCUAAGCGAACGAGCAAGCAUUAUUUCCUCGGAAGCAUUUCAGUACAAGAUCGGCGAGACAAGGACUCUUGAGAACCAUCGAACUUCUCCGACCCUCACAUGGCAGUUCGACUUUGGAACGUAUUGCAGUCUGGCAGUCAUGAAAAUGAUUCGUGAUUGUGAAGACGUUCUCCUACAGAAUGAGGAACUUGCUAUCAUGCUUACGACUUCACACCACUCAAGAACACAUCCUUUUGACACGAUUCAUAAUAUGAAACUCUCAGAAGACGGGGAACCAGUCGUGGAAAUAUUCCUUGGUUGGGACUUGGAUAUAGUAUUCUAUGCACCACCGCAGCCUGAGGUUCGCAUUUUGAUCGGCUUCUUGUACCUGCAAGCUUUCAAGCUAGCGGACUCCAUGCUACGCAAAGAGGGUUGUGCAGGGAAUCUCUUGCAGACUAUAGUACACAUGGGUUACCGAUUUGAUUUUGAGGAGUCGAUACAAAAUUUCCAUCUUCCUCUUAUGAGUUUUCUUGCGGCCACUGGUUCGGAUAGCUUCAUGGGUGAAGCAUUGCACCACCUCUUAACGAACUGGCACGAAGCUAUCGACUUUCGCUGUCUUCUCCUGGACUUCGUUGCUUUACAUGGCCAUGAGGAGUAUAGAGAAUACCGCUCAUCCGCGCUUCCAGCCUGCAUUGAGAUGUGCAGACUUGAGGAACUGCUAGAUCUGGGUGCGGAAACAGAUGCACCAGACUUUGUAGUCACGCCACUGCAAGUCGCCGUCGCUUGUUUGGAUCAGGACGGAGUGGAAAUUCUGCUCGAGGGCGGAGCGAAUCCAGACGCUAGAGGGAAUCCAGCUGCAAUGAAUCGGCCAGAGCAUACUAUAUUACGUGCGUGCGAUUAUCUCAGUGGUAUGACCCCACUCCAAAUAUGUCGAUAUAAGACCCAAAAGCCAUGUCUAAAGGCUUUACUCGACUGUGGAGGAAUUUUCAAGGGAUUCGUCAACGACCGCCUGGAAAACAUCGAGGAGAUCUCGGGCCGAAUCGAGGCUAUGCUACUCAAAUACGGUGCUACAUAA